AUGAGCACCCCAGGUGCCAACACCGCGCUGCUCGAGAAGCUCGAGAAGGCCGAGCUGCGAAUCGGGCUAUGCGAGGACUCCAAGCUCGCGAAGCUUCUUGAUCCGGCGCUGCCCAACAUCAUCGGCUUCCUCGCGACGGACGACGCCGCUGUGCGGGCCAAGGUGAUGGCCAUACUGACCCACCUCAACAAGAGGAUCCGCGGCGACUCGUCCGUCGCCCUGCCGCUCACUCCACUGGCAAAGCAGUUUGCCAACCCAGCCACUGCACCGAUGGCCUCCAACUUUUGCCUCGUCUACCUUGAGAUGGGACUCGGCCGCGCGGCGCCUGCACAGCGCGCGGUCGUGGUGCCGCCUCUGCUGCGUGGCAUCGCGCGCCGCGGCGCGGCACAGCAGGAGACGCUCCUCUCGCUGUUGCUCGGCUCCCUCUCCGAGCUGCCGCUGCCCGGCUCGCACGCCGAGCUCGAGGGGAGGCUGCCCUUCCUGACCGACCCGGCGGACCGCGCCCUCGUCCUCGAGUGGCUCCUCGACCUCCUCCAGUUCCUCCCUCCUCCCGCCGCUCCCGCCGCCGACAGGAGCGCGGAGCCACCGCCGGGCCUCUCUGCAGACGCCGCCAAGCGAGUCAAGGGCCGCCUCUCACACGAGGAGGUGCGCGGCGAGCUGCUCGCCGCCAAGAAGCUCGCCGCCUGCCGCCUGCUCGGAGCACCCGCCGGCGGGGCGCCCGUCCCAGUCGCCUCCUCCGACGCGCCCGCCGUGACUGCGGCCGGCGGCCCUGCGACUGCGGCCGGCAGCCCUUCGGCCGGCGGAGAGGGCCCGCUCUUCUCGCCGCUCGAGACGCUGCCGCACUGGCUGGUCGCCUCGUGCGACGGCGAUGGCGCGGUCAAGACGACGGGCGAGGCCAGGCUUCGCGCGGUGGCCGCCGGGACUGACCUCGAGUCGCACGCCCUCAUCGACUCGCUCUGCAGCCUCGCGGUCAGCCACCUCUGCCGCUCGGUGGCCGCCGCCUCGCGCUUCCCGGGCGUGCUGCAGGCGACCUUCCACGCCCUCUUCGCGGGCGACGCGACGCCGCGGCUGCAGCAGCAGGGCGCCGCCCUCGCGGAGCACAUCUCCUCGCACGCUGCGCUGCCGCUGCUGGACGCCGCGGGGGCGCACCUGCUGGCCGGCCUGCUUCGCGUGACGCGCGGCGAGGCCACGCCCGGGCUGCGGCCCGACGCCCCGGAGGCGGUCUCGAUGCGCAGCCACGCGUACGGAGCCCUCGCCGCCCUCUGCCGCCGCGCGCCAAAGCUGCUCGCCGCAGACUCGGCUCUGCCCACGGAGCUCUUCGGCGCGCUCCGCACCGAGGAGGCGGGCGCGCGCACGCCGCUGCACGAGGCACUCGCCGCCCUCGCGAAGGCGCGGCUUGCAGCCAUGGCUUGGGCGGCCACCGUCUUCUCGCGCGACGACGUGCCCACGCGCCUCGUCUGCUUGGCCGGCGCCGCCGACGAGCGGCCCGAGGGAGCGGAGGGGUCGCUUUCCGAGCGGUCGACGGAGCGCGGCCGGCUGAGCUCGCUCUCCGCUGGCUGGCCUCCGUUUGCCGAGGUGGUCCGAGCCAUCCUCGGGCGAGUGGCGCUCACGCGGCUCGACCACGCCGCCGGCGGCGUGUGGGAGGUGCCGCUCCUCGACCCGGGCUCGGCCGAGGCGGAGGGCGGCGAGGGGCCGCCGCCGCUGCCGACGCAGGCGACGGGCGAGGCGCUCCGGUACGCGCUCGACUGCCUCCGCGCGGAGGCGGUGGCGCUGCUCCCAGGCGAGCCCCCGGAGACGGCCGUCGGCUCACGGCUCGCGGUGAUGUUGCGCGCGUCGGACGCCGCGGGCGGUGUGCCCGGAGUCGGCGCCGGCGCGCGGGAGCUGAUGGCGCUGCUCGGCCGCUCCCUCUUUGCGCACCACGGCGACCGCGAGCUGCUCGCGGCGGCCGCGACGUCGCUGCACACCCUGGUCACCGGGGCCGUGGACGCCGCCUCCAAGGUGCAGGUGGCGGAGGCGGCUGCGCUGGGCGCGCUGCCGCGGCGCGUGGCCGAGGCGGAGGAGCCGCUCAAGAACGUCGCUCUGUCGUCGUCCUUCGCGUCCGACAGCACGCAGCGGCUGCUCUGCGAAGCGCUCGCCGCUGGGGCAAAGGCGCUGCCGCGCGCGCGCGCGACGGCGCUGCUCCGCUCGGUGGUUGGGAUGCUGCCCUCGCUCGACGCGGGCUGCUCCGGCCCGAGCGAGGCGAAGAGGGCCGUCGGCGCGUCGUUGCUCGCCGGCUUCCUGACGGCCCGCCUCGACCCGGCGGCUUCGUCGGUGUCGGCCGACGCGAUGGAGGAGGAGAUGACGAAGCACUCGGUCGUGGCGCACCUCGCGUCUCUGCUGCGGCGCGAGAAGGUGCGUACCACGGCGGUCCGAGCGUUGGGGCAGCUCGUCGCGGGCGACCCGCACGCGCCCUUCCGCAACGCCGCGCUGCUCGCCAUCCUCGGCAUGCACACCGUGAAAGACGUCGAGCUCCAGCUGGUCGUCGGCGACGCGCUUGCCACCCUGGCCAUGUCGCCGCCCCGCCAGGCAAGCAGCGCGCCUCCACCCGCGCUGCCGCGAAUCAAGCCGCCGGAGGCGCCAGCGGUGACGGGCACGGGCGCGGACGCCACUCUCGCCGAGCGCACCGCCGACGCCGCAACCGCUUGCGAGCUGGCGGCGGGCGACACGCUCUUGCGCUACGUGCUCGGCCGCGUGCUGCUCCAGCACGUGGUGGCAUGGGCGCCGCUCGAGCGCCAAGCUGGCGCGGCGUGGCUGCUCGCGCUUUUGCGGCAGGCGGCAAAGUCUGGGGGCGGCGAGCUUGCGGUGCGCACCGCGGCGGGCCGGAUCCAGGCGGCGCUGGUUGGCUUGCUCGCCGACUCGAACGAGGCGACGCAGGAGCUCGCCUCCAAGGGCCUCUCGGCGCUCUUCGACUGCUGCGACGAGGCGUCGCGCGCCACCAUCCUCCAGGAGCUCGUCGCCGGGCUACAGAGCUCGCGCGCCGCCAACGCCUCCGCUUCGGGCGGUGAGAUGGCCACCUACAAGGAGCUCUCCGAGAUAGCGACGUCCGUCGGCCAGCCCGCUCUUGUCUACAAGCUCAUGGAGUGUGCGGCUUCGUCGGCGGUGUGGAACACCCGCAAGGGGGUCGCCUUUGCCCUCGCUGAGCAGUCGCGCGAUGCGCUCGAGCCGCACCUGCCUUCGCUGCUGCCGACGCUCUUCCGCUACACCUUCGACCCAAACCCGCGGGUGGCGAACGCCAUGCGCCAGCUCUGGGCGGCCCUCGUGCCCGACCCGAAGCCGGCGCUCACCAAGCACCUCCAGCCCGUCCUCGAGCACCUCUGCGCUUCGCUCGGCGACCGCCUCUGGCGCGGGCGCGAGUCGGCGUGCCUCGCGCUCGCCGAGCUCCUGCCCGGCCGCACGCUGGCGGAGCUGUCGCCCACGCUCGCCCGCCUGCUCACCGCGCUGCUCCGCGUGCUCGACGACGUCAAGGAGACCGUCCGCAAGGCGGCGGAGCCGGCGUGGCGCGCGGUGUCUUCGGCUUGCGUCCGUCUCUCCGACGGCGGCCGCGCUUCGGCCUCCGACGCGGAGGCGGUGCUCGAGAUCGCGCUGCCAAUUCUGCUCGACGGCGUGCGCGCCGUGUGCACCAAGCAGCUGCUCAAGCUGGUGCAGGGCUCCGGCAAGCACUCGCUCUCCUCCAACGAGUCGUCGGCUCUCACCUACAUGCAGCAGCACGCGCCCGGCCUCGGCGUCUCGGCCGGCACCUUCGAGGCGGCUCGCGUCGCGGCGGCGCGCGCGUCGCCGGCACAUGCGGCGCUGGAGCAGUGCCUCGCCAUCAUGGACGACGCCCAGGUCGGCGCGACCGUGCCUCGCCUGUCAGAGAUCCUCGUGCGCGGGACCGGUCUGCCGGCGCGGUGCGGCGCGGCUCGCGUGGUGCUGCAGCUCGCUCGCGACCGGCAGUCCGCGCUCACGCCGCACGCGGGGAAGCUCCUCUCGGUGGCGACUCGCGCUAUCCUCGAGGAGCGCUCCGCCGCCGCCCGGCGCGCCUACGCGAGUGCGGCAGCGCAGCUCGCGCGGUUGGCCAAGCCCGAGCCGUUGGGCGAUUUGCUCCGCUCGCUGACGCAGCGGUACGUCCUCACGGCUGUCACCACCAACGAGCAGGAGGAGCGCCUGACGCUCGCAUCGCUCGUGCGCGAGCUUGGCCGCGGCGCGCCCGACGCCAUGGGUGGGCUGCGAGCCGAUUGGUUGCCGCUGGCUUUCAUCGGCCGGCACGAGCCGCGCUGGGAGGCGGAGCGGCAGGAGGCUGGUAAACAGCACGAGGCCGGCGCCCUUGCGAGCGUGUGGGAGGAGGCAUACGACGAGGGGGGCGGCAAUGCGGGUGCCGCCGCCUCGCACCUGCAGGAACUGCUUGCGCUCCUGCGUACGAUGGUCGAUGGCCAGUCGUGGGCGUUGCGCCGUGCUGCCGCGGCCGCGCUCAUCGAUCUCGCGAACCUCUCGUCCGGUGCGCUCAAGAAGCGGCCCGACGCCGCGUCCCAAUUCGAGCUGCUUGCGGCGUCACUCCGCGAGUCCUCUCGCCGCUGGGACGACAAGGAGGCUCUUCUCCCAAAACUCAACGCUUGCUUUCCCCCUCCGCCGACGCCGCACGCAGCACCGCCGCCCACGGAGAGCGCCGACAUGUGA